UGAAAAACCUCGUUACCAAAUGUUUUACACGCAGGAAAACCUGACUUACUCAAUAAACGUGGCUUGUAUUUUUGCUUCUUUAGUCAGUGGGGACACCCUCGUUGCCUGGCAGACAUGACUCAGGGAUUCAACUUUCGAGCAGCGCUAGGGUGCUCCCAGGCUUAGCGCAUGCGCGUUCAAAGAAAUCCAUUAUCAUGUCAAAGCAUAGAAAUGAAACUGUUCCUCUGAAAACUACCUGAUGAAGUUGUGAACGAACAGGUGAGGUUUGGACCACCGGGGUGUCUCCGAGGGGAUAUUUCUACAACAAGAAACCAAAACAAACAUGUUUGGUAAGAAGAAGAGAGCACCGCAGCCCAAAGGCCAGGGCGCCGCUGCUGCCAAGCAGAUGGGUCUGUUUGUAGACCUGAACCCCGAGGAGAUGAUGAUGGGCAUGGACGGAAACCUGGACGACCCGGAUUUGGAGGCGGAACUUGCUGCUAUUACUGGAAAAAAGGCUGCUGCAGGAGGAAAAGCCAGGCAGAAGGGGAAAAGUCCCCUACCCAUGGAAGAUAUCGCAAGAAUGGCAGACGAGUGUAUGAAGGACCUGGAUGAUGAUGAUGACGACAAUGUCGAAGACGAUGAAGACCUGUUGGCAGAGCUACAGGAAGUGGUGGGUGAGGAGGAAGCUGAGGAUGUUUCCUCCACAUCCUCUGCCCCUGCUGAAUCUUCUAAGGGUGAAACACCAGAGUCCCCAGCGGCACAGGAGGAAGUAAAAGUCUCUGCGGCAGCCCCCGGCAGCCUCCAACACACCCUGGAGGAGAGGUUGGCAAUGUACAAGACAGCCCUGCAGAACGCCAAGACAGCAGGGGAGUCCUCAAAAGCCAGGAGAUAUGAUCGUGGUCUGAAGACGUUGGAGUCAAUGUUGGGUGCUGUGAAAAAAGGAAGGCCUGUAAAUGAGGCAGAGAUCCCUCCGCCUGUUGCCACCGGAGCCCCGAGCGCUGCCCCGCGACCAGCUGUGCCUGCGAGGCCUGCUCCCCCUGUACCAUCGCCACCUCAGCCCUCUCAGUCACGGGAGUCGGAGGCCACAUCACCACAGUCACCUGCCGCGCCCGAUGUCAUCACACCCAGCAGCGAGGAGGAGCAAUCGUCUUCUGCUGCCCUAUCCACUCUGAGCAGCCUCCCAUCUCCUCAGGAGCAAACCGAUGAGGAAGCUGCUGACGUUUCACAAUCAGAUGCCAACAAGGCCACCAAGAAGAUGCUUUUGGAGAGACAGCAAGAGUACAAGAUGGCAGCGCUGAGAGCCAAGAAGCAAGGAGACGUGGAGCAAGCUAAGCUUUACUUCAAGACCAGCAAGAGUUUCGAUGCAGCGAUCGAGGCGUUGGAAAAAGGACAGUCAGUGGAUCUGAGUGGCCUUCCUUCACCUCCAGGACAGGAAGGCCUGAACAGCAGAUGGGCGGGGCUUGUUCAGCUGCGAUGUUUUGGAGGAAGCUCCGCUCCGGUGGCUACAGCUCCCGCUGGUCAAAGCACACAGCCGACCCCGCCGGCUGCAGCAGCUCCAGCCCCUUCAGCUCCUAAAGAUGUGCUGGAGGCUCUCGAGCAGAGACGAGCCAAGUACACGGAGGCGUCUGCACAGGCCAAGGCCAGCGGAGACGACCGCAAGGCCCGAAUGCACGACCGUAUUGCCAAGCAAUACCAGAGCGCCAUCCGAGCUCACAAAGCAGGAAAAGCAGUCAACUUUGACGAGCUGCCGGUUCCCCCUGGCUUUCCUCCGAUCCCUGGCCAGAAGGCAGUGGGAGCUGAGCAGGGGAUUGUUGCUGCUCUGGAGGCAGCUAAUAAGCUUGCCUCUAGUGAUGCUGCUGAAGUUGCAGAUGAGGAAGAGGAUGAGGCAAAGGAAGAAUUGGCAAAGCCUGCUGCUCCUGAAGAGCCAAAGAAGCCCACUUUAGACAUUCCCACAGCAGGUCACGAACAGAAGAGGACUCCGUCAGCUUCACCUGACAGGACAACCAUCGGAGAAGGACUCUCACAAACAGCUGUUCAGCAGCUGGAGUUCUUGGAGGGUCGAAAGAAGCAAUACAUGAAGGCUGCGCUGCAGGCGAAGCAGAAAAAUGAUAUGGAGCAGGCAAAGAUUUUUCUCCGCACCGCCAAGAGCUUCGAGCCCAUGAUCGAGGCGGCACGCAGCGGCAAAACUGUGGACAUCAGCACGGUGCCGUCGCCUCCUGGUGACGAAGACGAAGACUUCAUCCUGGUUCACCACAGCGACGUGCAGAUCUCAGAGAAAGCCGAGGAAGUUUACACGCAGCUGGCCAAGAUCCUGAAAGAGCAGCACGAGAAAUGUUUAACUUACUCCGAGCAGUUCAAACACCUGGGAAACGUCACUGAAACAACAAAGUUUGAGAAAAUGGCUGAAAGCUGUAAGAAGAGUAUGGAAGUCUUGAAGUUGGCUCAGUCGAGGGGUCUGCCUCCUCCUAAACAUCAUUUCGAGGAGAAGUCAUUUCGCAUAGCCAAGAUAUUUCCAGAGCUGAGCAGCACUGACAUGGUUGUUAUUAUCGUAAAAGGGAUGAAUCUUCCUGCUCCUAGCGGAAUCCAAGCAAACGAUCUGGAUGCUUACGUCAAGUUUGAGUUCCCCUAUCCAAGCACGGAGCAGCCACAGAAACUCAAAACAGCUGUCAUCAAGAACACGAACUCCCCAGAAUACAACCAGAGUUUCAAGCUUCAAAUCAGCCGCAACCAUCGCGGCUUCAGGAGGGUGGUGACGGCUAAAGGCCUCAAGCUAGAGCUGCUGCACAAAGGCGGUUUCUUACGGAGCGACAAGCCGAUCGGAACAGCCCUGCUGAAGCUGGACAAGCUGGAGUCACACAGUGAAAUCAGGGAGAUUGUCGAGGUGAUGGACGGACGGAAACCCACAGGGGGUCGCAUUGAAGUGAAGGUCAGACUGCGGGAGCCUCUUAGCGGUCAGGACAUGCAGACCAGCACGGAGCGCUGGCUGGUGAUCGACCAGUCGCAGGUUCUUGUUUAGAUGUUACUGCAAGACUGAAGAUGAAGUG